ACCCAGCACCAUCUCAAGCAGCAUGGAUGACUCGGUCUUAACGGCCCUCGACGGAUGCACCCCGCGAGCCUCCAAGGACGAAGACGGGACCGCCGAGGCCAGAUGACGCGUUGGAGAAUUCAUCUUCAGGCUGAGCUGCAAUCGAACAAACUUUGUGCUUUUCCUUCUCCCUGUACGUUCCGAAAGUAUCCAUUCACUGCCAACCGUAUUGUUGUUUGAGGAAAAAAAAAAAAAGAACCAUCGUCACCAAUCUAGCUGGCAUCAUUGGCAACAGGAGUAGGCCACAGGAGCCAGGCAAAGAAGAAAAAAUUUCCUCCCCUGCGAAAAGCUGAUGUGGUCAUUGGCAGCUGGCUAGCGCACGUGAAACGACUUCCCGCCUUCCCCGGCAGCGCGCUACUCUACUGAGUCUACUCUAGCCUCUGCCCAUCAUGUAAGCAACAAUUCCGCUCACAGUCAUCGCUAGAACAUGUGAGAAACCGAGUCCAGUGUCAAGUGGCGCUUUGAAGAGGCAAAAGCGAGGGUAGAAGAAAAAGACAUGCUCAUAGACAUGCGCUAUCUUAAGCCUACUUACGCCUAUACUCGGAGGCGACAUCAGUAGUGGGUUCUCGAGGUGCUCUUGCCAGCUGUCCACAGUCCGCUCCAGCAUUUUCAGAUGAUUCAUCCUAAGAUCCAUUUGUCCUCACCACCCUCCAGGGUAAGAAACAUACUAUGCUUGACAUCAUUCGAGUCCAAGCCAAAGCCACAGCCAUGAUUGGUCUCUCAUAAUACAUGCACCACGACUCCUCGGUCUUUUCCCUUUCCAGCAUACCCACAUUCGUCGUACGUCCAUGGCGAAGACCGUAGCGCACUUCUGAGCACCAUGACCGUAACUCACCGCACGUCUGGCUCCAAGUAGUCCUCCCUACACAAACAGAGCUACCCCACCCCCGAAACUGAUAUACAGGUACAGCUACACACAUGCCCGUCAUCCCACGACGAUCCCCCCUCGCGAAUUAGCAAAAGGAAGAAAAAUAUCCUUUGUCCCACAUACCAGAAAUAGCACAUCAUUCAGGAACAAAUAAUUCUACUUUGGAAAAGAUUUGGUUCACCGUCUAAAAAAGAGGAGAAUAGCAAAGCAAGAAAGAAAGAAGCUAAACUACCACUCAACGACCCCUCCACCAACCACACCCCUCCCCCUUCUCCUCUCUCAAAAAAACAAAACUCAAACCCAAUCUGUCCCAAACAAACACCUCAAAGAACGAAAAAGAAGAGAGAAACAAUGUCAUCCCCCACCCAACCCCAACACACCCCCAAAGCCGUCUCCGCCCCGGGAAAAGUCCUUCUCGCAGGUGGCUACCUGGUCCUAGACCGCGCCUACUCGGGUCUCGUCUUCGGUCUCGACGCCCGCAUCCACGUCGCCAUUGAGCCCAUUCGCACAAAAUCCGGCGUGUCUCUCAGCGAGAUCAUCGUCAGGAGUCCCCAGUUUCUCGAUGCCAUUUGGGAGUAUGGCUAUAGGCUUACCGAGGGCGGCGGCGGGAUUGUCGUCUAUGGACUACGAGCAUCCCACGACUCCAAACAAUCCAAAAACCCCUUCAUCGAAACAGCCCUGACCUACGCCCUAACAUACAUCUCGUCCCUGCUGCCAAACACCCCCAUAGCACCAAGCUCAAUCUCCAUCCUCGCAGACGAAUCAUACUACUCAAACCCAGGGACUCCACUCUCGCCAACCUCCCCCUUCAAAUCCUACCCGCUCCCCCUCACCUCGGCCCACAAAACCGGCCUAGGUUCCUCCGCAGCACUAGUAACCUCCUUCACCGCCGCCCUGCUCUCCUACUACCUCCCCCCCUCGCUCUUUACCCUCUCCUCCCCUGAAUCCCAGCGCAUCCUGCAUAACCUCGCGCAAGCCGCGCACUGCGCCGCGCAGGGCAAAGUAGGGUCCGGCUUCGACAUUGCGUCCGCCGUGUACGGAUCGUGUCUGUACCGGCGGUUUUCGCCGGCGAUUCUGGAGCAUCUACCGGCGCCUGGCGCGGAGGGGUUCGCGGCGCGGCUGAGCGACGUUGUGCAGGGGGAAUGGGAUGUUAGUGUUGGCAAGGAGGUUGUGAGGAUGCCCGAGGGCCUGAGGCUCGUCAUGUGCGAUGUUGAUUGUGGGAGUCAGACGCCGGGGAUGGUGAGGAAGGUGCUUGCGUGGCGGGAGGGGGAUCGUGGGGAGGCGGACAGGGUGUGGGCGGGUUUGCAGAGGGCGAAUGAGGGGUUUGCUGAGGAGUUGGGGAGGUUGGCUGAAGGGAAGGGGGAGAGGGGGUAUGAGAGGUUGAGCGAGGUGAUUGGGGAGGUGAGGGCGUUGGUUAGGGAGAUGGGUGACAAGUCUGGAGUGCCUAUUGAGCCGCCGCAGCAGACGAAGCUGUUGGAUGCUUGCGCGGAGGUUAAGGGGGUUGUGGGUGGGGUUGUACCUGGGGCUGGUGGGUAUGAUGCUGUUGUGUUGUUGUUGGAGGAUAGGGACGAGGUGGUUGCGGACCUGAAAAAGGUUCUGGAUGGGUGGAAAGGUGAUGAUGCGGGAGGGGAAGGGGUGAAGAUUGGGAAGGUGGGCAUUUUGGGCGUGAGGCAGGAUAUGGUCGGUGUACGCAGUGAGGAUCUGACGCUGUACAAGGGGUGGGUGGAUUUGUAGACUCUGUAGAUAUGCAAACGGACGGGCUGCCUGUGUUGAAACCGUGUUUU